AUUGAAGAAACCCUUGAGGAAAUUAAUUUUCUGUUAACCUUGGAUCUACACUUCACAGAUGGAGAUUAUUCGGGAAUUUCAUGAGCAUGGCUAUGCCUGCUCUGUGCCCAUGUUGAUUCCAUGUACCCCAGGUAGGAAAUUCAGACAAGUUGAAGAAAUAUGAAACCGUUUGCUGAACUCUAGAAAUUGCUCUGUUGAUAUAAUACCACCGCCAUGAGGCAUUUAAAUGUAACUGAGCUCUCUUGCACUAUGUCACUGGCUAAUCUUUCUUAGUGGCAUGAAAGAUGCCUUUUUUAGGUGAGACUUUUUUGAUAUUCUGAGUUACCAAGACUGAUACUCUGAGACUUAGCAGUUGUCACCAGUUCAUUAAUUUCUAGAGCCCUUGAGGGUUUUAGGACUGGCUACCCUGAACCUGCCCACACACCUGGACAUAAAGACAUAUAAUUUAGGGACAUACUGUAUGUACUUUUAUUUCUUAAAACAAGAAUUAGAGAUCCAUUUAACAAUUUUAUUUUUGAAGGUUUUUUUUUUUUUAUUUCAAAUGCAGUUUUAGAAAUACUUUCUGAAAGUUGUAGAUAAAUUCAUACUGCAUAUAGGAUAAAUGACUAAGCAGUCACAUUACUGAAAGGUUUACUUUAGAUGUUCUCUUCACUAUCGUUGAGAAUAAGAAUUUUUCACAUGGUAGCUAAUGCUCCUCUUUAGGACAUUUUGUUCAAAGAACUCCUUAAGGAAUGCUUUUUUAACCAAAUCAGAAUUCUGUAAGUGGGGUAAGCUAAAAAUGAGUAGGUAUUUCAUCAGCUGUAGGUAGUUGUAAUUUAUGUAUCAGUAAAAGAAUAAUUUAUUUGUAUACAAUUUUUAUGACAUUGUUUCAAAUAUUUUUGUAUGUAUAGAUCUAAUGCCAGACUAUCUGUAAUCAAGUUAUCGCCAAUGGCUUAUUUUUGAACAGCAUUUAAUAACAAAGUUUUAUACAAUAAAAAUAAUUUGAAAUAACUUUUGGGGUUUGUUAUAAUAGAAUUUGACUUAACCUAUGUUAUACCUUGUAAUAAAUAGUAUUCCCUGUGGAGUAAAAUUUAGUAUAAUAUUUCUGAAGUAUCAAAAUGAUCCCUGUUACCGGAGCAUUAGUGAAAAAAGUCCAUAACAUAGACUGAUAAAAAUCUAUAGAUUGGCUCUGAUUAUUUUCUUGUUAGAUUUCAUAUCUUGUCUAAUCAAAUUUAAUACUUUAAAAACUACUCAUUCUAAGUUUUUAAAAAGUAAUAAGUAACUAAAUGUUUUUGAUAGCUUAAGCUACUAUACAGAAUAUUGACUUUUACUAAAUAUCCCAUACUUACAUGCAAAUACAUUGCUUUUUAUAGGGCAGAUGAUUUGAACACCUUGCAACUAAUAAGUAGCCGAACAUUGAAGCUGCACUUUAGCCUCCAUAGAGGCCUUCAUCAUCAUGUUAAUGUUAUGUUUGAUUAUUUCCACCUUUCUGUUGUGUCUGUUACAGUCCAUGCAUCAUUGGUUGCACUACACCAGCCACUAAUAAGCUUUCCUCGUCCUGUGAAGACUACUUGGUUAAAUAGAAAUGCACCAGCGCAAAACAAAGAUUCUGUGAUUCCUACUCUUGAAAGUGUGGUCUUUGGUAUUAACUACACAAAACAGUUAUCACCAGAUGGAUGCAGUUUCAUCAUUGCAGACUCCUUUCUACAUCAUGCCUAUAAUUUUCAUUAUACACUUUGUGCCGCUUUGCUGCUAGCCUUCAAGGGAUUGCACAGCUACUUCAUUACGGUAACAGAAGAGAUUCCCUCUUGUCAGAAACUAGAACUGGCCAAGGCCAACAUGCAGGUCCUAUAUGAGCGCCUUCUCAGAAGAAAACAGCCACGAACCCAGAAAGACACCUGUCUAGAGGAAAUGGAUGUAGAAGCUCGACUUACAGAACUAUGUGAAGAAGUUAAGAAAUUAGAAAAUCCUGAUGAACUGGCAGAACUUAUAAAUAUGAAUCUUGCACAACUUUGCUCACUUCUGAUGGCCUUAUGGGGACAGUUUCUGGAAGUUAUAACACUACACGAAGAACUAAGAAUAUUAUUAGCACAAGAGCACCAUACUUUGAGGGUACGCAGAUUUUCUGAGGCAUUCUUUUGUUUUGAACAUCCAAGAGAAGCUGCCAUUGCAUACCAGGAACUUCAUGCUCAGAGUCAUCUACAGAUGUGCAACGCUAUCAAAAAUACUUCCUUCUGCAGUUCUCUUCCACCCCUACCUGUUGAAUGUAGUGAAUUAGAUGGAGAUCUCAAUUCAUUACCUAUAAUCUUUGAAGAUAGGUAUUUAGAUUCUGUUACUGAAGACUUAGAUGCACCCUGGAUGGGAAUUCAGAAUCUUCAGAGAUCAGAGUCCAGUAGAGUGGAUAAAUAUGAGACUGAAGAAAGCUCUGUAGCUGGACUUUCUAGCCCAGAGUUGAAAGUCAGACCUGCUGGUGCCUCCAGUAUUUGGUAUACAGAAGGUGAAAAGCAGCUAACAAAAUCUCUAAAAGGAACGAAUGAAGAUUCAAAUAAAUCCAAAGUUAAGGUUACUAAGCUUAUGAAAACAAUGAAACCUGAAAACACAAAAAAAUUAAUAAAACAGAACUCUAAGGAUUCUGUGGUUUUAGUAGGCUACAAAUGUUUGAAAAGUACAGCAUCAAAUGAUCUCUCUAAAUGCUUUGAAGGCAAUCCUUCACAUAGUCAGAAAGAAGGUCUGGAUCCCACAAUAUGUGGAUAUAAUUUUGACCCAAAGACCUACAUCAGACAGACAAUUCAAAAGGAAGCUAGCUAUUUGCCAACAGAUACAGAGAGAACUGAACAAAAGUCUCCAGAUAUUGAAAAUGUGCAACCAAACCAAUUUGAUCCUUUGAACUCUGGCAGCCUAAAUCUUUGUGCAAAUUUGUCCAUUUCAGGUAAACUUGGUAUCUCCCAAGAUGAUAAUGAAAUUACACAAGUGGAACGCAAUCUGGCUUCCAGAAGUUCAUCAGACGAUUGCCAUGAUCAUCAGACAACUCCAUCUUCGGGAGUUAGAACAAUUGAAGUAAAGCCCAGUAAUAAAGAUCCUUUUGGGGGAGAGAAAAUAACUGUUAAAAUAGGACCUUGGACAGAGCCACGACAAGAUGAACUAUUUGUGGAUAAUUUACAGCUACCCAACACUGAAUCCUUAGAAUCUAAUGGUAAAUCUAAAUCUAUAGAAAUAACACUUGAAAAGGAAGCUUUACAGGAAGCAAAGUGUCGUUCUAUUGGAGACUCAUUAGCUAAGUUAAGAAGUAAUCUACCUGUUCCUUCUACAAAAGAAUAUCAUGUUGUAGUAAGUGGAGAUACAGUUAAGAUACCAGAUAUUCAUGCCACAUAUGCUUCAUCUAGAUUUUCAGAUUCAGGUGUUGAAAGUGAACCAAGUUCUUUUGCAACACAUCCAAACCCUGAUGUAGUUUUUGAAACUGUACAAGGGCAAGUUCCUUAUAAUAAUGAAAGAUUAUUUCCUCAGCUUUUGAUGAAACCUGAUUAUAAUGUAAAAUUUUCAUUAGAAAGUCAUUGUACUGAGAGUACAAGUGCUUUAAGUGAAAUACAGUCAUCUUUGACAUCCAUAAACUCUCUGCCUUCUGAUGAUGAACUGUCACCUGAUGAAAAUUCUAAGAAAUUUGUCGUACCUGAAUGCCAUCUAAGCGAUAGCAAAACUGUAUUAAAUCUGGGAACAAUUGAUUUGCCAAAAUGUGAUGAUAGUAAAAAGUCAAGUAUUAUCUUGCAACAGCAGAGUGUUGUAUUUUCAGGGCAUUUGGACAAUGAAACUAUAGCAAUACAUUCCUUAAAUUCAAGCACUAAAGACUCUUUACAAUUUGUUUUUUCAGAUGAAUAUACUUCCAGUGAUGUGAAAAGUAGUAGCAGCUCCAAACCUAACUUGGACAGUAUGUGUACAGGCUCUCAGAGUCCUAAUAAAUCCAAUAACCCUGUAGAGACAGCAAUUAAAUUAAAUUCAACACUGAUUUCUUUAGGAACCCCUUGUGUUGUUUCAGGUUGCGUUUCUACUAAUACAGAAAUUAAUGAAGAUAGAACUGUGAAAAGAAUAACUAGUGAUACAUUAAAUCACAAACAAAUAUAUUCACAAGUCUCUACAGUCAAAAAUGAAAGUCAUCUGGGUGCAGGUGACCCGUUUUCAUCCAGUACUGAUGUGGUAAAGCAAGGACUCGUGGAAAAUUAUUUUGGUUCUCAAAGCAGUACAGAUAUUUCUAACACAUGUGCUGUUAACUACGGCAAUUCCUUUAGCUCUCAGAAGGAAACUUUUGAAAAAGAAAUUAGUAAUCUUCAGCAGGAACAGAUUAAAGAGGAUGAGGAGGAAGAACAGGAUCAGCAAAUGGUUCAAAAUGGGUAUCAUGAAGAAACAGAUUACUCAGCUUUGGAAGAAACAGUAAAUGUUCACUUUACAAACAGAGAUGCACUAACAGAAGAAAAACUUAUAAAAUCUGAAAAAAUACAUAGUGAAUAUCUGAGGGAUGGUAUAAACAUGCCUACUGUCUGUACUUCGGGUUGUUUGUCUUUCCCAUCCGCACCACGAGAGUCUCCUUGUAGUUUUAAAUGUUCUUCUAACAGUAAAUUUGAUGCCAUUACAAAACAGCCAAGCAGCACAUCCUACAACUUCACUUCAUCAUUUUCCUGGUAUGAAAAUUCACCAAAACCUCAAAUACAAGCUUUCCUUCAGGCAAAAGAAGAAUUGAAGCAACUUAAACUCCCAGGAUUCAUGUACAGUGAUGUUCCUCUACUGGCAUCCUCAGUACCUUAUUUUAGUGUGGAAGAAGAAGAUAGCUCUGAAGACGGAGUACAUCUUAUUGUCUGUGUGCAUGGGUUAGAUGGUAACAGUGCAGAUCUUCGAUUAGUAAAAACUUAUAUUGAACUUGGACUACCUGGGGGAAGAAUUGAUUUUCUCAUGUCUGAGAGAAAUCAGAAUGAUACUUUUGCUGAUUUUGAUAGCAUGACUGAUCGCCUUCUGGAUGAGAUAAUACAGUAUAUUCAGAUAUAUAGUCUAACAGUCUCAAAAAUAAGCUUUAUUGGACAUUCAUUGGGCAAUUUGAUAAUCCGUUCAGUGCUUACAAGGCCAAGAUUUAAAUAUUACCUCCACAAGCUUCAUACCUUUCUGUCUCUUUCUGGACCUCACCUUGGUACGCUCUACAAUAGCAGUGCUCUUGUUAACACAGGUCUCUGGUUUAUGCAGAAAUGGAAAAAAUCAGGUUCUCUUUUGCAACUGACAUGUCGAGAUCACUCAGACCCUCGCCAAACUUUCUUAUACAAGCUUAGUAAGAAAGCAGGGCUUCAUUACUUUAAAAACGUUGUGUUGGUGGGAUCUUUACAGGAUCGCUAUGUUCCUUAUCACUCAGCCCGCAUUGAGAUGUGUAAAACAGCAUUAAAGGACAAGCAGUCAGGACAGUUCUAUUCUGAAAUGAUCCAUAACUUGCUUCACCCAGUUUUGCAAAGCAAGGGCUGUAAUUUGGUUCGAUAUAAUGUCAUCAAUGCAUUGCCCAAUACAGCUGAUUCACUGAUUGGGAGAGCUGCACAUAUAGCUGUUCUUGACUCAGAAAUAUUUUUAGAAAAAUUCUUUCUGGUUGCUGCCCUCAAAUAUUUCCAAUAGGAUAAAACCAUUCUUAGAGACUUGACAAUUACCUCAUUCAUCAAUGAUUCAAAUAAUGUAUUAUAUUAAAUUGUAGAUGCUAAUAAGUUCUAAGAAAUAUUUAUACCUUUUUAUAUGGAAGAUAAUUUAUAUCAUCCAUGUUUAGAGCUUUUUAAAACAUCAACAACUUUACUUUCUAGGUAAUGUGGCUGUGCAAUAUUUUUUUAAUUUUAUCUUUUUACUUUUCUAUUACUUCUUCAUAUAUUUUGCUACCUAAGUAUUUCAGUGAAACUUUAAGCCCACAUGUACAUCUAAUUAUUGUUGACUUUCCACAGUUCUUACAUUGGUCUACAUCAUAUUAGAGGCUAUUAUUGCUAGAAUAGCAUGGGAUUUUGAAUUUUCUAAUAUUGGGGUAUUAUUUAGUUAAUUAUAAGUUUUACUUUUAGCAUUUUACUAUAUUUUAACUGGAAAUAAAAUUAUGGCUGCUAAAAUAUAUUUUUUGAAAUCAACUUCUGUAGCCCUAAAAUAUACUUUUAUCAUAUGAUCAAACCAGGUAGUUCAUAUAUGACAAUGUUAUAAAAGUUUUCUAUAAAGUCAUUAUUGUUGCUAUUAAACAUAUGUCAUGCCUAUUAAAAUAUAUUUUCUACUGCUGAUUUCAACAUUAUUUCUCAUAUUGACUUUUAUUACUGGAACUUUUCGUUUCAUGUUAGCAGCAUAUAAAGAUUUUUGAAUGUUUGAAUGCCCUCUUCUUUGAUUUGGUUGGAAUUUUGCUAAAUUUAGUAAUGUUGCUUGAAUUUUCUGACUACAUUUCUUUAACUUUUUUCAUGAACUUCCUUGUAUGUACAUAUAACAAUUAACUGUUGAAAUUUCUGAAAUACUUUUAUGGAUUUAGAUAAUUUUUAAAUAUUGUUAAAAUCUAUUGAACUAAAGUAAUGUAAAUAAAGCAAUUCAUGUUUAAAAUGGACAAAAGAACUAACUUUACAUGUUUGGUGAUGUAGAUGCAAAAGUUUUUGAUAUAUUGAGAUGUUGAGUCUUUUGACUUUACUAAAGGUGCUGAAUAGCAUUAAAUUCGCUAUUUUCCUUUCCUGUUUCAUUUGUGAAAAUACUAAUGCACUAAGGGUGGAUAAAAGGUUCUAUCUGCGUUCAGUAAUUGUGAUGAACAGAAGGUUUUUGUAAGUAUUUAUUGUAUAAUUGAUGCAUGUUCAUUUUUAGUAUUGUGUCAUUGCCUCUGGUGUUAAUAAAUGAACAAAUGACUAUCUAGAGGAGCAGCUGAAACACUUGCAAUCCUUUGCUUACUUUCAGAAUACUAGGGGCAUAUGUUUUUAUUUAUAAUUUAGAUAGACUAUAUCAAUUAACUGAUGUUCUCAACUUCCACAGUGGGGCCAUUUCUC